AAUUUAUGAUUGUAGGAAGUAAUCGUAAACCAGGAGAAAGACCUUGGACGGUAAGGGUGUGUCCUGGUGUAAAGGGAAAACAUAACCACCCGUUCUUGGUGUACAGAGAUGGUCAUGUAAGGGCGAGGAUUAAUGUAGAUAUUCGGGAGCACAUACGACAGCUUAGUGCAACCGGAAUGCAACCGGCCUUUAUUAUGAAUUCUAUUAGAGAUAAUUUUCCUGGUUUUUAUGCUAGUAUGAAUCAGAUAUAUAAUAUUAGGCAAUCAAUAAGGAGAGAUGAAAUGGAGGGCAUGACUCCCCUUCAACACUGUCUUCAUAUGGCCACAGAACAUAAUUAUGUGGUCUGGACAGAGUUGAAUAAUGACGGGCACUUGAGCAGACUUUUAAUUGCAAAUCCUACUUCAAUCCAAAUGAUACGUACGUGGCCGUAUGUUGUGCUGAUAGAUACAACGUACAAAACGAACAAAUCAAAGUGGCCACUAUGUGAAGUCAUCGGAAUGACGCCAACAAAUCACAACUUCUUGGUUGCGUUUUGUUUGAUGCGAGAUGAGGCGGCUGUGUCGUACUCGUGGGUGCUGCAGGGAUUGAGAGAUAUUUUCGGCAGUGCUCAGACUCCUAGCGUCAUUGUAACCGAUCGUGACGAAGGUUUAUCUGCAGCUAUUCGUGACGUCUUCCCAGGUAAAAACGCAUGGAUUGCCGUGUGCAUGUUAUUUACAAAUAAAAAUUGGAUCACAUGGUGCUUUGUACUUGUAUGACAUUCAUGAAUUCUAGAGUACUUUGAGGUACACAGAGGUAGGAGACGAACCCAAUGAAGAAGUACGAAACGCGAACGCCAAUGACAAAGAGUACUUUCAAUCUCUGGUCGAUGAAGUCCUUAAAUCUGAUCCCGCUUUUGUUCGCCGAAUGGCUGAGGUACUUGAAUAUGAAUUACACCCAGAUGGUGCGGAUAUACCUGAGCCUUACGCUAGUCCACCGAGAAAGGGAAGACCAAGCACUAGUAAAACCAUGAGAAGGAGAAAAAGUUCAUUUGAAUAUAGCCGAUCAUCUUCUCGUGGUCGAGGGUCUAGAUCUUCUUCCCGCGGGAGAUCAAGUGGCAGAUCUAGUGGCCGAGAGACGCAAUCUUCAGUAGGAAUUAAGUUCAGUUUCAACUUAUCCGAUGAUCCAGGAGGUCGUGAUUUCUCACAGUUUCCAUGGCCUGAUUACAUCCCAUUCAUGCUUCCUCCUUAUUUGUUCGACUGGAUUGAUGUGUUAGGUGAUGGUAACUGUGGAUUUAGAGCAAUUGCCGUCACAGAGCUGGGAGGCGAGGAAGCAUGGCCUAUUUUAAGACGUGCUAUGAGUAUGGAAAUGCAAAUGAACAGAGCGCAAUACCUAACUUUGUAUCUAUCUCAUGAGUCACUAGACGAGUCAAUAUUCAGAGUAGGUUCACACACCGAUGGACCUGCUCCUUUCAUGCACUGGUUCGAUGCACCGAUGGCUUUCUACUCUGCAGCAACGUUUCUUAACAUUGCCAUUGCUUUUUAUGGUUCUGCUAACGGUGAUUCAUUAAACAACUGUUUGAUUCUUCCUUUAAGAAAAUCACAGGCCGCGAGAAGUGUAAAUAAACUAAUACAUAUACUUUGGGUUAAUCGAAAUCAUUUUGUUCAACUUUUUAUGAACGACGAUUCAUCCCCUCUGCCGCCGAUCCACCCACGUUGGAAACAAGCAGCUGACAAUUUCGCGAAAGAUCUUGACACAAAUUUCACUACGAGGAUUAUGCUGUGGAAUAAUCUACGCGGGGCACCCCCACCAACAAAUAACACCGCUGACGAUGCUGUAAAUUUAGAUACUCCAUAGAAUUUAUACACGACAUUCAUUAAAAGUUGUAUAUAAUCCAUAAUUAUACUACAGUGUGUGCUGUUAACAAUUUAUUUAUUUCUUUGAUUAAUAGGAGGAAUUUAUAAUGCUGGUAGACAAAUAUACAUGUAUUUGUGUGAUGUGGGUUAGUGUGUAUAUUUAUGUAAAUUAAAUGCAAUCAU